CGAGGAGGGAAGAGGGUGCAGAGGGAGCUCCAGCUGCUGCCACGGUCCUCGCGUGCGCGCCACCGCGGCCCCGUCCCCAGUCCCCAGCCCACCGGCCGGCAUGUCUUCUGCUCACUUCAACCGAGGCCCUGCCUACGGGCUGUCGGCCGAGGUGAAGAACAAGCUGGCCCAGAAGUACGACCCCCAGCGGGAGCAGGAGCUGCGAGAGUGGAUCGAAGGGGUGACGGGGCGCCGCAUCGGCAACAACUUCAUGGACGGCCUCAAAGACGGCAUCAUUCUUUGCGAGUUCAUCAACAAGCUCCAGCCGGGCUCCGUGAGGAAGGUGAACGAGUCCACCCAGAAUUGGCACCAGCUGGAGAACAUCGGCAACUUCAUCAAGGCCAUCACUAAGUACGGGGUGAAGCCCCAUGACAUCUUUGAGGCCAAUGACCUGUUUGAGAACACCAACCACACGCAGGUGCAGUCCACCCUCCUGGCUCUGGCUAGCAUGGCCAAGACGAAAGGUAACAAGGUGAACGUGGGGGUGAAGUAUGCCGAGAAGCAGGAGAGGAAGUUUGAGCCCGGGAAGCUGCGAGAAGGGCGGAACAUCAUUGGGCUGCAGAUGGGCACCAACAAGUUUGCCAGCCAGCAGGGCAUGACGGCCUACGGCACCCGGCGCCACCUCUAUGACCCCAAACUGGGCACGGACCAGCCCCUGGAUCAGGCCACCAUCAGCCUGCAGAUGGGCACCAACAAGGGGGCCAGUCAGGCUGGCAUGACGGCGCCGGGCACCAAGCGGCAGAUCUUCGAGCCGGGGCUGGGCAUGGAGCACUGCGACACGCUCAACGUCAGCCUGCAGAUGGGCAGCAACAAGGGGGCCUCGCAGCGGGGCAUGACGGUGUACGGGCUCCCGCGCCAGGUCUACGACCCCAAGUACUGCCUGACGCCCGAGGAGGCCGAGCUGGGCGAGCCGGCCCACAACCACCACCUGCACAACUACUACAACUCGGCCUAGGGACCUCCCCGGCCCGCCCCGCCUGCCCCCUGCCCCCCGCCCCACCCCGAGGAGGCGGGCCGGCCCCUUCCCCUGCACGGCGACCCCCCCCUCGGCCUCCCUGGCACCCGCCCGGGCGGGGCAGAGGGGUCCUCCCCCUUCCUGGCAGUGCUGCAGGGUCCGCCACAGAGCCCAGGGGGCUCCCGGCAGCCUCCCAAGGACGCACUGAGCAAGGCUAUUCUGGCUGUUCCCCCUUCCCCCAACUGUCUCCCAGGUGGGUUCCCCCAGGACCAGAAGCUCCCCACCCACCCAACCCAGGCUCGCUGCCCCCACCCCCGUCCCGCAGAGGGAGCCGACUGCAUGCCCCGGGGCCCAGCGGACACACGCGGUUUGGUUUGCAGCGCCUUGGCGAACGUGGACGUGGCGGCGUCUGGAGCGAGCACUUUCUUGUUCUGUUUCACUGGAGCACAAUAAAUGCUGUCGAAUCACCGA